AUGGCGCGACCUGCACUAACUCUUCAUGGACUUCUUCCAGAGAUACGCGAUCAAACUAUCAAUCGUUUUCUCCAAGACGCCAUUCCAGCUCGUUCAACAAGUCCAACUUUUGCCGAAGAGAGCCCCUCUAAGCUCGUACAGCCAACACCGGUCACUUUCGCAGAUGCGGGCUUGUUGAAGACAAGUCACCUAUUACGCUACGAUACCUUGGGCGCAAUCCAGAGACUCGAUCUUCCUCCAGUGCUUGAGAUCGAGUUCCAAUCAUCAUCGAUCUACCGCGCUGCCUGGCUAAUUCCUCCACCUUGUCAACCAAACCUACAGUCUUUGGAGAUAUUUUUCGUCACUAUCCAUUACUCACAGGCAGUGAUGGUGGACUGGGACUUCGGCCCUUUAGUACAGAAUGUCUACAAAACAUACCUCCGCCAAGUCACAGCUCUCGUAAUCGUCAAGUGCAAGCUUCGCCCAGGAUCGAAAAGCAAGAGGCUCCACAUUCAUUUCCAUCUAGAUCAUGUAGGAUAG